AUGCAGCCAACGCCCGACCCCGCCUUGACGCCCGGGCCCGACCGUGCCGAGCAGAUGGACGGACGACGGCGGCGAACGGCCGGCGGCGCGCUGGAGCUGCCGUACCAGUGUGCCGUCUGCGAGGCGCGCUUCGCCGCCCGCACGCUAGCGCACCGCCAGGCGCUCAAGCGGCACCGGCGCCUGCACACGGAGCGGCAGACGUUCCAGUGCGACCUGUGCUCGCGCCACUACAGUCGCUUCGACUCGCUGGUGGUGCACGGGAGGUCGCACACCACGCAGCGCGCGCACCAGUGUCGCCUCUGCCACAAGGCGUACGAGCUGCGCUGCCUGCUCGAGUACCACAUUCGAGAGCACCGCGAGGGCGACGUGGCGCGCCGCGCGCCCGCCGAGGGACGCUUCACGUGCGACCAGUGCGGCGCCCGGUUGUCGCACCUGACCGCGCUGCGGCGCCACCAGCGGCUGCACGCCGGCGGCCAGGCGUUCGCGUGUGAGCUCUGCCCCAAGACGUACAGCCGACUCGACGUGCUCGUGCUGCACAGCCGCGUGCACUCGGCGCUGCUGCCGUUCACGUGCGCCGUGUGCAGCCGCGCGUUUGCGCAGCGCAGGAUCCUCGAGUACCACAGCCGCGCGCACAGCGGCUCCGCCAACGUGGCGGCCGGCACCGGCGCGCUGCCGUUCCGCUGCGCGCUGUGCGCGCGCGCGUUCGCCGACGCGGCGCUGCUGCGCGAGCACAGCGUGCGGCACGCGACCAACCGCUCCUACCUGUGCGACAUAUGCGGCAAGGAGUUCAAGACGAGCGGCAAACUGAAGAGACACGCCAUGAUCCACACUGGCGAGCGGCCGGCGCAGUGCGGCACGUGCGCCAUGCGAUUUAUCGACAACACGGCGCUGGCGCAGCACGCCAAGAUCCACUCGGGUGAGCGGCCGUUCCAGUGCCACGUGUGCGGCAAGAACUUCGCGCGCAACGUCACGCUCAAGAUCCACGCGCGCACGCACAGCGGCGAGAAGCCGCACGCGUGCGACACGUGCAGCCGCCGCUUCACCACCGUCACGCAGCUGCGCCGCCACGUGCGCGUGCACAGCGGCGAGCGGCCAUACGUGUGCCACGUGUGCGGCCGGGCCUUCUCGCAGACGACGCACCGAAAGGUGCACAUGCGGACGCACGCGUGCCGCGACACGCUGGCGGCGCCGCCGCAGCAUCAGCAGAAUCUGUACGUGCUGGCCGGCGGGCUGGCCGGUGGCAGUGUUGGAGCGAUGGCGGUGGAGCCGGCUGACUUGACUCUGCAUUUUCUGGAGCACUAA